GGCGGGUGGCGGGGGCUGCGCUCAAAGCGGCGAGAGCAGGGAGAGCAGCGGAGCGGUCCCGGCACUGCAGCUCCACACAGCGAGUAGCACGGAGGGCUCAGCCGCCCCCUUUGUGACUUACAAACCAGCCGCUUGUCCGGACGUGGUUUCGCCUCUCCCUCGCCUCAGCCAUGGUGAUGUUCAAGAAGGUGAAGACUUUCGUGAUGGUGUUCAGCGAGCCCGAGAAGGUCUAUUGCAGCGGCGAGAAGGUGGCCGGCAGAGUGCUGGUGGAAGUGGCCGAAGUGACUCGAGUCAACGCCGUCAAGGUGCUGGCCUGUGGGCUGGCCAGAGUCAACUGGGCCAAGGGGCCGCAGCAGUGCAGGCAGGAGAUGGAGUACCUGCGCUUUGAGGACGUGCUGACCCUGGAGGAGCAGCCCACGGACGGCGACGGCUCCGUCAUCCUGAGACCAGGGAACAAGUACGAGUACAAGUUCGGAUUCGAGCUUCCCCAGGGGCCUCUGGGCACCACCUUCAAGGGGAAGUAUGGCUGUGUGGAUUACUGGGUGAAGGCUUUCCUGGAGCGUCCCUCCUUCCCCACUCAGGAGAUCAAGAAACGCUUCGAGGUGAUGGAUCCCGUGGACGUGAACACUCCUGAGCUGCUGUCCCCAGUCGCUGCCAAGAAGGAGAAGAAGGUGUCGUGUAUGUUCAUCCCCGACGGGCGCGUCUCCGUCAGCGCCCAGAUCGACAGGAAAGGCUUCUGUGAAGGUGACGAGAUCUGCAUCAACGCCGACUUCGAGAACACUUGCUCCCGCAUCGUGGUGCCCAAGGCCGCCAUCGUGGCCAAGCACACCUACCUGGCCAACGGGCAGACCAAGGUGUUCAGCCAGAAACUGUCCUGUGUGCGAGGCAACCACAUCAUCUCGGGCAUGUCUGAGUCCUGGAGAGGCAAAACCAUCCGGGUCAAGAAGCUCAAACCCUCCAUCCUGGGCUGCAACAUCCUGCGCGUGGAGUAUUUCCUGCAGAUCUAUGUGAGCGUCCCUGGCUCCAAGAAGAUCAUCCUGGAGCUGCCGCUGGUCAUCGGGAGCCGCUCGGGCAUCGGCAGCCGCAGCUCCAGCAUGGCCAGUCAGACCAGCUCCGAGAUGAGCUGGGUGGAUCUCAACCUCCCUGACGCCCCUGAAGCCCCCCCGUGUUACCUGGACAUUGUCCCUGAAGACCAUCGCCUGGAGAGUCCCACCACCCCGCUCCUGGACGACCCCGACGGCUUCGACAGCCCCAUCUUCAUGUACGCCCCCGAGUUCAAGUUCAUGCCACCCCCCACCUACACCGAGGUGGAUCCCUGUGUGAGCAGCAAGGUGCAGUGAGCCCGGCGGGGCGGGUCCUGCUCUGUUCUCGUCUCUCUGUGUUUUGAUGGACUCUGUGGCAGCAGGAGGCGGCUCCUCACGCCGGGGGCUGCGGCCGCCCUGAGCCCGCGCGGCGGCGGCGGCGAGGCGGCGAUGCCACGGCACACACACGGCCCUGGGAACGGGGGGUUUGUGGCUCCAAGGUUGGGGGGGGUCUCUCACCACAACGCUGAGGACUUGUGGAAUGUUGUUUUGAGGCACAACAGGACUUUUUUUCUCUCGAGGGUGGGGGUUGGUUGGAUUCCAGCCGCCCCUCGAAGGCCCCGGCGGGGUGGGAGCGUGUGAAGGGCUCCAGCAGCCCCAGGCACAAGGUGGCGACGGCCUGGGGCUUUGUUUUGUACUGUUUUGUAUGGUUUUGGGGGGUUUUUUGG